AUGCUCGGAAACUCUGUAAAAGUCGACGAUUAUUUCGGGAACGAUGAAAAUGGACUAUGGGCGUGGUAUCUGUGUAAUUUAAGGCACGGCAACUUUGAAGAGCUGAACAAUAACCAACUCAAAGUUGCCCUCUUGAGAAGAUUUCUGAACGAACAACUUAUGUCUGAGACAGUGCCCUUCAAUAAGAAACUACUUCUUGUAUCUAUCCCGGACGCCAUUCACGAAAACACAAACCUACUGGAGAAUUUUCUGCGAGACUAUUUCCAUUUGGACGAUUUGCAAUACAUUCAGAUUCAAAAAUUGACGCAAGAUCAAUGUUACAACCACGAAAAUCACUAUCUUAUAUGCGACAACCUCAGCAAUUUCAACGACAAGUCAUUUUUGGAGUUUGGUGCUAAAAGUCGAACACCGCGCAAUGAGACCACAUCUCAAUUGCAAUCCUCUGGUAAUCAAUACAGUAUCAUAAGUGGGGAAACAGGAUUUGAUUCGGUGAGAUCGUCUGUGGAACCGCGGACUAUCCCUCGGGAUUCGCGCACCUCAAAGGUUAUACAGGAAGAUCCAUCUACUGUGAAUAUGCCCAGCAACUCUACAAGGUCAUUGACAGUCGAGAAAUCCGAGUCUGUUAGCUCUGACGACGAUGGUGAUAUUAACAUUGAUGACUACGAGGACGAAGACGAUGGAGGCAGCGAGCUUGUGCUUCAAUUCAAACAUCAUAGCAUUCAAAGAAAACCUUGGCAUAAUCCGGAUGUACAUAAUAAACUGUCUGCCGGAAUUCAGACUUCAAAUACCUCAUCCACAGGAAUAUCUCUUCGGAGCGAGGACGUUUCCUCUUACGAAGGCGAAGCCCUCACACAAACUAUUACACGAGAAGAUGACUCUGGAUCUCCUUUCGUUGGUGAAGAUAGCAUAUCCGAAUUAUCGAGUGUUGAUCAUUCGUUAAGAUCACUGAGUUAUGACUCCGAAUAUUCACAAGGCUCAAGCUCAAUGACAUCGAUCUUCCCGUCCUUGUCGAUAUCUGAGAAAUUUGGUCGAUUCAGGCUGGUUCUGCAAUCUAUUUUAAUACAACAACCGGACACUCGACAACUAAUAACAGCCGUCAGACAGUCCAACAACGAUCCCACAGUGGCCCAUGUCAAUGACGAUUGGCUUCUAUACGACGAGAAGUUUUCUAUGAAUAAUCUGCAAAUGCUUGCACUACAUGAUGUUUUGGAGAUGAACAAAUUCUUUCCUAAAGUAUUAUUCUACACAUUGGUUAUGAUACAGGAAGAUGUAGCUGUAGAGACACAGGAUUAUCAACCAAAUGGUUCACAUCUGUCUCCCAAAGCAACAAUAUCUGUAUCUACACUAUCGGAGCACACCUUGAGACUAGAGUCCACAUUUGCAUCCACAUACACAAAUACUAACUCUUUCAAGAGUGACACAGAUUUUGAAAACUCUGUCUCUCCAUUUGGUCUCCCGGCUCAAUUUGUUGACGAUAAUGCUGAAGACGACAGAAAUGAUAUCGAUAAAAGUGGAAAGCUUUAUGAUGGUGAAGUGGUUCAACUUUUUGCCGCUACGCGAACGAACUCAGAUAAGUCAACUGCUCAUCGGUCAAUCAGGACUAUAAAAAGCAUAGGGGAUUGGGCAUUCCAUCAUGAUUCCACCCCUAAACAGAUCGAGUUCACGUCGCCUUCCUCAGCAGAGAGAGACCAUCAGCUCUCUGACAAUAAACUCAUCAAAGUGAAGUCUAAAUCCUCAGUAAAAAGCGGGCUCACUAAGUCAUUAACUCUGGGAUCUUUAAGCACGGUUGAAAGAUCCAAGAGCGUACCUCUCCCAUCCAUAUUAAAGACGCUGAGUAACUUUGAUGAAGAGGCUUUGUAUCUAAAGCGUCAAGUCGCAAAGUUUAAGAGAAAACGCUCUGCUAAGCGCAAGAAGAAUGAUCCAAAGUGCGUGCUUAUGUAA